UUCCGGAACAGUAUCCUGCUGCUAGCUUUAAACGGCUAAUGACAAGCUAACUCAGGGGGGAUCCAUUUGCUGCGGCGAUAAGCGUUAAAAUCACCUCGACUCAAGACAGGCAGGGACUCCCUCAUGGCCGCAGCAGCGUGAAACCUUCCCGUGGACCAAGCCCUGGAUGCCAGGCGAACGCCAGUCGACCUCAUGGAGUAAACGGGCCUCAGCUUUCGCCGGUGAGACCAGAUGACCAGUGGACCCCGCCAUGAAACCCGUGGCCUACCAGAGCAUGCCGUCCUCGGUGAACGGCGUCCACCUGGAGCGCUUGCUGGGCGCCUCCAAGGUGCUGUACUGUGAGAAGUGCGGCUUCGCGUCCGCGGACCCCGCCGCGUUCAAGAAGCACAUGAUGGAGCACGGAACCAGGUUCUACUGCUUCUACUGCAACGCCGCGUCCUUCAGCGAGGCGGAGCUGAACGAGCACCUGAAGCAGCACACGUCCAAGUAUCCGUUCAAGUGUCCCCACUGUGGACAGGGCUACAUGAGGAGGUUGUGCCUGGUGAAGCACAUCGAACGUUUGCACAGCAACGGCGUGAACCAGGGGCCUCCUAAGGCCGGCACGGCGAAAGCUCCGCCCGUCACCGUCUCCAGUGCCUUAACGAGUGCGCCCGCCGCUGACCCGCUGCUGCCGCCGCUCCCCCGGCCCGUCGUCCGCGUUGCCGUGCCGACCCCGGCGGCACCGGCCGCCAGGCUGGGGAAGACGCUGGACUUGAACUUGGCCAACGCCACUAACGGCGGCGCAGAACGUCUGUCUCACCUGAACGGGAUCAUUCAGCCCAACCGGGCGCUUACCGUGUCCCUGCCGGAGGAGGUGAACAUCCCCGCCGGCUGCCUGGUGGAGCUGGUGGAGGUGAAGACCGUCAACGGGACCAAGGAGCUGAAGCUGCGGCUCAUCUCGCAGCAGGAGAACGAGUCGGUGAUAAAAAACGCCAGAACGCCGGCGGCUCCUCAGAACGCCGGCCCGGAGAAGCCCCUGUCGUCGGCGCUGCUCCGCCCCAACCGGGCGGCGGGCGCCGGGAUGUGCGCCGGCAGCAGGAAGCAGAGCGAGACGCAGACGAUGACGGCCGUCGGCGCGAAGAUCCCCAACGGUCCGGCCAACGCGGCAAAACAGGAGAAGGCGCCGCAGAAGAGGCCCUCGACGGAGAUUAUCAACCUGGAGUGCGACGCGGUCGUCCCGAGCAAAGUCCCCAAAACGGUUCUCACGCCGGCGCGGGAAGCCAACAGCGGGAUGAGAGUCCCGCAGGCGGCGCCGGGGAACCGCGGCUCCUCGUCUUCUGCCGCCGCGUCCGGCAGGGUCCCCGUCAGGCUGAGCGGCGCUCUGCAUCCCCCGGCUGGUGUUGCUAAAGUUCCUCCGAGGGCUGUGGAGGAGAGGAACAAAGGGACCGUGGAUCUCUCCAAGAGCGCUCCGCCCAGGAGGCUGUCCGACUCGAACUGUGUUCAAGAAAUGCCCGGGAAGCCGGGCGGCAGGGAGGUCCGCCUGAAGAGCAACGCCGCUUCUGGGGAGGACAAAGACGUGGUGUGCUUGGAUCAGCGAAGCACGCCGCCUCCCAAGCCUUUGAGGGCUUCCGCUCCUCCAGCCGUCCAAGUGAGACCUCCUGCCGUCUCGGUCAGCAAAGACAACCUGACCCACCAGACUUUUCCAAUACCGAGCAGUCUGAUGAAACCCGUGUCGGUGAAACCCCCCGUGUCGUCCAAACCCGCCAACCCUAAACCGCCGACCUGCGUCCAGGAGGCCCGGCCUAAAAGCGUACCAAAAGACGGAGGUGUCUCGGAGCCGCGGAGCUUCCCGGUCAUCUCCUCUGUGUUUUCGCUAAGCCAGCAGCCCGAGGGAGGCAGGGGCCCCAUUCAGCCGCUGGUGAUGGCUCUGCAGGGGAUGGUGAUGGGUAAGAAGCAGAGCACAGGUCCAGAUCAGGUCAGAGGCGACACGGACGGAACGAGGAAGACGGCGCCUUCUGGCCGGUGCGUGCCGCUGGCCGCGAAGAACGGGGCCUUCCCCCGCGGCGUGCCGCUGGCAGAGGCGGCAGCCGAGUGUGUAAAGGUGGAGGAGCAGGAAAACCUGCAGCUGCCGGCGCCGAAACAAAACGCCACUCGCAUCAAGAAGGAGGAAAGCGGAGCAAAAACGACGGACGCUAAAAAGCGCGACUCGGAUGCGGCUGAAAAGCCCUCCGCACCUGAAGACUCUGAACCCACGGAGGCGCCCGCCGCCGUAGACCCCCUGCAGCCAACGGACAAAAGCAAGGGGGGCGACUCCUCCCGGUUCUUGACCAUCUCCCUGAAACGGGUCCAGGUCGGGGUCUGGAAAAAAAGCAAGAAAGGACUGAAGCUGCGCAUCUCCAGAUACAAGCCCCGGCUGCCCGCGGGCGGCCUCAACGACUGCACGGUCAUCUACCCCAUGCCGCUGAAGGAGGACCAGCCCGUGAAGCGGCCCGGGCCCAACCAGCCGGUGGUGGUGCUCAAUCACCCGAAGCCCCGGGCCUGCGUGCAGAGGACGAGGGCGGACUCGUUUUCCGACGCGGGCUCCCCGGAGGCGACUCCAAAGUGCCAAAUUUUAAAAAUGAGGCUCAGCAAAGGGAUCGGGCAGAGCUACGAAGUGAUGGGCUGUACCGUCCGAGACUUUCCCUGAAUGUAGUGUCCCGUCUGCGGACCGGAGUGUACAUUUAUUAUUAAAGAAGUAGUGUUAUCAUUAAAGUCUCGCAAAAAAAAAAAAUAAAAUAAAAUUACAAGGCAGUUAUUUUCUUAUUGCAAAGAAAAAGAAACAAACAUAAAUGUCGUAUAUUAUACUGAAUAUUCAAGUGCAAUGCAGUCGGAUGCGUUUAUGCCCAGGGGGUUUUGGACUGUGUGCCACUGUAGAUUGCACAAACCGACGCAGAGGUCGAGUGCUGCUUAAGAAAAACCCGACGGUCCUUCUGAAGUUUUAUCGCAUUUUAUUUAAGAGCCGCUCUAUGCGGGCCGAGUUCACCGGACACGACUCGCACGUGUUCACGUCACCGUAUGCGACGAUCCAACUUUGAUGCACACGUUCAAACAUUCAGAUCAGCAUUAAAGUUUGGAAUCUAUCGCCAAUUAGGUUUGAAAUUGCAGAAUGAGUAGCAACGGGUGAAUUUCCCCCCCUGCAAAACGGUAAAACUUUCCAGCAGCCCCCCGGAGACGCGCCCCUUGCGGCUCGGGCACCCCGCGGCGACCAGAGCGCGCCCCUGCGAGGUGUGGGGAAGGGAAAUUUUAGACGUAAAUUUUGUUUUUUUUUAUUUAUUCUUUUGCUCUUCGCAACGCACGUUUGGUUAAGUUAAUCAGCACUGAUGCGUUCGGCCGGUAUUGUCAAACUGACCAGCGGCGUGGUGAGAAACGUCGCUGUUUUUCGUAACUUGAAGUGUUUUGCUACUCCGUGGAUUGGGAGCGUCGUGGGCGUGGCCAGGUGAGGGGGCUCCGUGACCGGAGGGGGAAAGGGGGAAGACUUUGAACCGAACACUAAGGCUGGAGCGCAGAUGAAGAAGAAAAGGAUUUAAUGUUUUGUUUUUUUUUGCCUGAACUAGCAGAUUAAAAGUCUCCAACACAGUGUGUUAACUUAUCUUGCCAUGUGUGAAUUUACUGUAAAAGCUCUCGACUGGGAAGCUAAACAUGUGAUCAGCAACUCCUUUUAACAAUUUUUUUUUUUUAUAUAUAUAUACAUCUAUAAUUUCUGUCCCGUGCUUUCAGUUGCCCAUUCGAUCUGAAGCAAACAAAGCAAAGCGUCCGAAUGAAACGGAUUAACUGUUGUAACAUUUUCCUGUCUUGAUGAUGCUAAAUGUAAUUGUCCUUGAGCCGUCCAGGCCUGUUGUGUAUAUAUUUCUUUUGAGUUUUUUGAGUUUGACUUGCGUAAAUCUUUUGACCUGACCAUUUUCAGGCUGUUUUUAUCUGUCUAUCUGCGUUUAUGAUGUAAUCAAGUCCUAUAAGGUGCUAGACCUAUGGUUACAUCAAUUUGGCUGCCCACAGAUGUUAUUGUUUAUGGACAUUUUCUGUUUCUUUUUUUUUUCUUUCGGGGUCACGUUUGUCAUGUUUUUGUAAAUAGACCCAAAUAUGAAAAUCUUAUCUAUCUAAAUGUAUAAAACAAACUGCGGUGUUCAUAUUUGAUUGGUAUGAACGCCCGCCAGCUCAUAUCCUCCUUUCCGCUGCAGUAUCUGAAGCUGCUGUGCAGUCACCAUUAUAAAUUAUUUCCAAAGUGUCGGAACAUUUUCCCUUCCCUGCUCAUUUGUGCUAGAGUUAGUCUUAAUCUAGUCCAAAGGUGUUUAUUUUUUUGUUUUGUUUUGUUUUUGUUUCGAUUCACACUCAGUGUUCAUUAUCAUUGUGUUCCAUGCUUUUAUAACAAUUGUGUAACUCCACUUUUUCUAAUAAAAUCAGGGGGAAAUAUAUCGAC